CGUUAGGGAGCGUGGAAGCGGAGUCUCUGGUUACGGGGUCGGGCAAAGGUUAAAGGGCAACCUCCAGGUGGGAGAGCGCCGACUUUGCGCAAUGGCCGCCUCUGGGGAACCCGGGAGGCAGUGGCAGGAGAAGGUGGCGGCGGCGUUGGUGGUGGUGGUGGGCUCCUGCAUGACCGACCUGGUCAGCCUUACUUCUCGUCUGCCAAAAACUGGUGAAACCAUCCAUGGUCAUAAGUUUUUUAUUGGCUUUGGAGGGAAAGGUGCCAACCAGUGUGUCCAAGCUGCUAGGCUUGGAGCAAAGACAUCUAUGGUGUGCAAGGUUGGCAAAGAUUCCUUUGGCAAUGAUUAUAUAGAAAACUUGAAACAGAAUGAUAUUUCUACAGAAUUUACAUAUCAGACUAAAGAUGCUGCAACAGGAACUGCUUCUAUAAUUGUCAGUAAUGAAGGCCAGAAUAUCAUCGUUAUAGUGGCUGGAGCAAAUUUACUUUUGAAUACUGAAGACCUGAGGGAAGCAGCCAGUACCAUUAGCAGAGCCAAAGUAAUGAUCUGCCAGCUAGAAGUAACUCCAGCAGCUUCUUUGGAAGCCCUGAGAAUAGCCCACAGCAGUGGAGUAAAAACACUGUUCAACCCAGCACCCGCCAUUGCUGACCUAGACCCCCAGUUCUACACUCUCUCAGAUGUGUUCUGCUGCAAUGAAAGUGAGGCUGAGAUUCUGACCAGCCUUGAGGUCGGUAGCCCCUCAGAUGCUGGGAAGGCUGCGUUGGUGCUCAUGGAAAGGGGCUGCCGGGUUGUGAUCAUCACCUUAGGUGCUGAAGGAUGUGUGAUGCUGUCACAGACAGAACCUGUCCCAAAGCACAUUCCCACAGAGAAUGUCAAAGCUGUGGAUACUACAAAUGAAUUUUCACCCCCGAGAAUGCAUGCCCUGGAUGGAAUGAAGGGUCUGCUCACAUUUGGAGUGAGUGGUGAGGGCGCUGGUGACAGUUUUGUGGGAGCGUUGGCCUUCUACCUGGCUUACUACCCUCAUCUGUCCUUGGAAGAAAUGCUCAAGAGAUCCAAUUUCAUCGCAGCAGUCAGUGUCCAGGCUAUAGGAACACAGUCAUCUUAUCCAUACAAAAAAGACCUGCCCCUUGAUCUGUUUUGAUUGCUAUUAACUCCAAAAUAAAUAUACCUGGAAAUAAAGUGUA